AUGCAUCAAACUCAUUCUCGUCCUUUGGGACCACGCAAGGCUCCCCGCUCACAGUCGCCAUUACCACCGCUCAUCCUACCAGAGACUCGUCCACUAGCAAUUCGUAAAAUACCCCAAGAUCUGUCAUCUUUACACCCUACAUCUACUUCAUCAUCUCCCCCAUUGGGCUCUUCUCCAGGUCCAUCGCGUCCCCAGCUUCCUGGAGCAACUUCAAGGCCAAAUCAAUCCAGACCCAAGCUUUAUCUGCCAAUCGCUCUCGAUGGUGGUAGCAGCAGUGCAGCUUAUUAUGAAGGUCCUGCAUCUAUCCCGCCUGGAUUGGAUGGUGAAAACCCAGGCAACGCAACCGUCCGGCCUUUCUUGACUUUGCAAACACCACGUGCUCCCGAGCCCGAUGGUAGCGACAACAGCAUUGCUCAGCUAAUUGCUGAAUUUGACAGGACCACUAUCGAGUCCUAUACACCUACGGAAGAGACUUCGACCAUUUAUAGCUCUACUAAAUGGUCGGACGCUGUUUUAGAAGAACUUUCGCGACUUGGCGAAGGUCAGGGUGGAGCUGUUCAUAAAGUCAGAGAUCGACGUAACAACUUCAUCUUGGCCCGCAAGACAAUUACCACUCGCGAGGCGCCUUUAAAACAGCUCGAACGCGAGUUGUCAAUCUCUGCGACAUCCAAACACCACAACAUAAUCCGUUUCUAUGGCGCUUAUAUGUCUCCAUCGUCUAGUGAAGUCAAAGUCAUGAUGGAACUAUGCGCUGGCGGUAGCUUAGAAGCCAUUGGAAAGCGCAUCAAAGAUAAGAACGCGCGUGUCAGUGAAAGAGUGGCUGGACGUAUAGCCGAGGGGGUUUUGCAAGGCCUGAGCUAUCUUCAUUCGCUCAAAACCAUCCAUCGAGACAUCAAACCGUCCAAUAUUCUGCUAACUGGUGAAGGUGUCGUUCGUCUCUGUGAUUUUGGUGUCUCCGGAGAGCUUGUUCGCUCUAUGGCCGGAACCUUUACGGGCACAAGUUUCUAUAUGGCUCCGGAACGCAUUAGCGGAAAGGAAUAUAGUAUUCGAGCUGACGUCUGGUCCACCGGAAUCACUCUCUUGGAACUUGUACAAAAUCGAUACCCAUUCCCUGAUGACCUCACCUCUAUCGAAUUAAUUGUCUAUAUCACCCAGGGACAGCCACCUCAGCUGACCGACGAAGAAGGUUCCCAUGGCAUUGUAUGGAGUGAUGACAUGAAAGAUUUUAUUCGACAGACCUUGAUUAUUGACCAUCAAACUCGCCCUACACCGGGAGGAAUGCUAUCUCAUCCCUGGAUCACCACCGCCAUGAAGCGAGAAGUCCCUAUGGCUCGCUGGAUCAGUGAAGUCUGGGACUGGCCCAAACCCACCAGGGAAGCGUAA